ACACACACACACACAUCCUCCUAUCUUCUUCUUUUUUCCUAAACACCCCCCCUCUUGCUACCACGCCAUUUGAAAUGAGGAGGAGAAAAGGGAAAGCGAAGCACAGGCAGCACCAGCAGCGAGGAGAGGAGAGGGGGGAGUGAUGAGUCAAUACAACUAAUAAUUUAAUGGGGACAGAGAGGGAGAGACGGAGUGAGAGAGAGGGGGAGAGAGACAGAGAGGGAGAUAGAAGAGAGAAAGAAAGAGGAGCUCCGUCCGGACGCCAAUCCCCGACCAACAGGACACCUCCUACUAUUACUACCGCGGGGCAGCUCUCCGGUGCAUCCACGAGCAGCCUUAUUGACGCACGACGCACGGAAAGUAAACCCGCACUUUUUGACCCCCCUCUCCUUGUUUUAUUUGUAGCGAACCUGUUUUUCGACUGUCCGCAGAUAUCGUCUCCACACAUCGCCUCCAGCGCGAGAGCGAGAUCCCACUGUCGGGUUAUUAUUAUUAGUAUUAUGUGUCUCUCUGUCUCAGUCAGCCGGGAGUCAAAUCUAAGCUAAGCCGACGUUUUUGGGUACGUUCGUCCGUCUCUCCGUUGGGUCUCGCACGGCGGGUUGUUGGUUUAUUUUUUGUAUCGCUACAACUGUGUCCGAGGUGCUUCUUUUGCUUUCCACCGCGCGGCUGCUAACUGCGCUGCUCAGGCGGCUGCUGCCGAUGAAGCGAUCUGGAUGUUGUGGUGCGAACUAAAGCAGAAGAAGUCGCCUUCACUUGUAACCGAUGGACUCACUUCUGUAGCUAAAUGUCGCCGGUUGUAACGGUUCCCGUGGCCGUUUUUUUCCUCCCAGUCGGACGGAAUCGGCUGACGGACACCGCGCGCACGUAGACACACACACGCACAGAGACACGCUGAACAUAACCGCUUACCAAUGUUCGCCUAUCGCGGUCCAUCUCGACCUCGUCGUCUCUCGCACAGACCCGGGCUGUUGUUUGUUCGCACCGCCUCCCAGUCGGAGAAGAGCCGGAGAAAGCGUCUUUUUUAAUUUUCUUUUUCUUCUUCUUCUUCUUCUAAAUAACCGUUCGCUGUCAUGCACGCGUAGAGAGCGAGCGAGCGAGAUAACAAGACCGGGAAGCAGGAGUUGUUUUGGGUUGUCUCCUUUUUCUUUCUUUUUUUUUUUUACUACCCUGGCCAAACUUGGAGAAGACGUGUUUUCCAGCCGGUGUUUUACGCUCCUCGGUGCUGAAGUGCUGCGUUUCAGGUGAUAGUGAGCAGAGGCGCUGAGAAUGAUGGACCAUCUCAGCGAGGCCUGUUUGGGCAAGGAGAACUCCGACCUGGUCAACAGCAUGGCCGAGGCGAAGGCCCCGCCGGCCAAGCUGCCCCGGCUGGAGCAGAACGGCAGCCCACUGGGCCGGGCCAGGCUGGGCAGCACCGGGGCCAAACUCGCCGGGGUCCCGUACAAGCCUGCCGGCCACCUGCUGAAGACCUGCCACAAGAGAGGCAACAUGCUGCCCGUGUUCUGUGUGGUCGAGCACUACGAGAAUCCCAUGGAUUUUGACAGCAAGGAGGAGCACGCCGAGUUCGUCCUGGUGCGCAAGGACAUGCUCUUCAACCAGCUCAUCGAGAUGGCCCUGCUGUCGCUGGGCUACUCCCACAGCUCAGCGGCCCAGGCCAAAGGUAUGAUUCAGGUGGGGAAGUGGAACCCCGUCCCCCUGUCAUACGUGACAGACGCACCGGACGCUACAGUGGCUGACAUGCUGCAGGACGUCUACCACGUGGUCACGCUUAAGAUCCAGCUGCACAGAAAUCUAGCCAGUAACACCUUAAAUUGUUUCGCCGAGCACAACGAGCCAGGAAGUUGUCCUAAGCUGGAGGACCUGCCGCCCGAGCAAUGGAGCCACUCUACAGUAAGAAACGCCCUCAAGGAGUUACUCAAAGACAUGAAUCAGAGCUCUCUGGCUAAAGAAUGUCCCUUAUCACAGAGUAUGAUUUCCUCCAUUGUGAACAGCACUUACUAUGCAAAUGUGUCGGCGGCGAAGUGUCAGGAAUUUGGGCGCUGGUAUAAACAUUUCAAGAAGACAAAAGAUAUGAUGGGCAUGCGCCAACCGUCCCAGCUGGAGGGCUACCUGGGGACGUGUGUCCUCCGUGAGAGCCCGCGUGCCAAUGCACUAGAGAUGGACGGCCUGUCCGACCUCUCUCCACCCGGCUCUAAUCACAGCCACAACCACAACCACCUGGGCUUCUCCCAGCAGCAGCAGCCCAUCCCCGGCAGCACGGCCGAGCAGACUCCCUCCUCGCCGGUGCCCCCGCUGCCUCACGCCCCACCGCAACACGGCGGUCAGACUGGCGGCCGACAGCCCCAGAUGCCCGGCAUGCACCACCCGGGCCUGGUGUCCACGCCCAUCAGCCCCCAGCUGGUCAACCAGCAGCUCGUGAUGGCGCAGAUCCUCAACCAGCAGUACGCGGUGAACCGGCUACUGGCGCAGCAGUCCCUGUCGCAGCAGUACCUCAACCACCCGCCGGUCAACCGCAACUCUCACAACAAGCCCAUGGAGCCACAGGUGUCCUCAAACACCGAGGUGUCCGUCGAGAUUUACCAGUGGGUGAGGGACGAGCUGAAGCGGGCCGGCAUCUCACAGGCCGUCUUCGCCCGUGUGGCCUUCAACAGAACCCAGGGCUUGCUGUCCGAGAUUCUCCGCAAGGAGGAGGACCCCAAAACAGCUUCCCAGUCGCUGCUGGUCAACCUGCGCGCCAUGCAGAACUUCCUGCAGCUGCCGGAGGUUGAGCGCGACCGCAUCUACCAGGACGAGAGGGAGCGCAGCCUGACGGCGGCCUCGGCGAUGGGCGCCCCCCCGCUCAUCAGCACGCCGCCCAUCCGACCUGUACAGCAGCCCCGGAGGGAAGACUGUAACAGCGUGAGGCCCGAGGACUGGAAUCCCAGAAUCCCCGUGGGCCUUUCCCCUGUGAAACCGUCGCCUCUGCCCAGCGAGUGGAACGGCAAAACCGAGAGCUGCAUCCUCAACAUCAACUCCACCAUCUACGACGAGAUCCAGCAGGAGAUGAAGAGGGCCAAAGUCUCCCAGGCCCUGUUCGCCAAGGUGGCCGCCUCCAAGAGCCAGGGCUGGCUCUGUGAGCUGCUGCGUUGGAAGGAGGACCCCUCUCCGGAGAACCGCACGCUCUGGGAGAACCUCUCCAUGAUCCGCCGCUUCCUGAGCCUCUGCCAGGUCGAACGGGACGCCAUCUACGAGCAGGAGAGCAGCGCCGGGCAGCAGCAGCACCACAACGAGCGGCCGACGCACCUGAUGCACAUCUCCGCCGAGCUGCCACAGGCUCAGCCGCCCCAGUCGCUGCAGCAGCAUCAUCAGCAGCAGCAUCAGCAUCAGCAUCAGCCCUCCCUGUCCCUCCAGCACCCCUCCCAACCCUUUUUGUCCCAGCAGCCCUUGCAGCUACUGCAGCCCUGCACCGGCCCCCGUCUGCCGCCCCGCCAGCCCUCCACCGCCUCCCCGGCGGAGAUGGAGGAGGAGGGCGGCCGCGGAGGGAGCAUGAACAAGUCCCGCACCUGCGGAGGGAAGAUCUCCCUGGAGGCUCUGGGCAUCCUGCAGAGCUUCAUCCAGGACGUGGGCCUGUACCCGGACGAGGAGGCCAUUCACACCCUGUCGGCCCAGCUGGACCUGCCCAAGCUCACCAUCAUCAAGUUCUUCCAGAGCCAGCGUUUCUACAUCAAUCACCCGGCCAAAGCGCCCAAGGAGCCCAACAACAACAGCACCACCACCACCACCAACACCAGCAGCAGCAGCAGCAGCAGCCCGGCCUUCGAGGAGGAGCUGACGGACUUCAGGGAGAGCAGCGACCUGCUGAAGGAGCUGGAAGACAGCACGCAGACCAACAGCACCAUCUUCUCCAUCAAGAUCGAGGAGCAGCUGGCCCGAGGCGCGGAGGCCCAGUCGGAGUCAGACCACGAGGCCAAGGAGUAGGACGCCCCCCCCCCCCCCCCCCACUGCACAUGUACUGAGAGCUCCUCUCGUGCACACACACACACACACACACACACACACACACACACAGACUGACGGCUGUGCUAAAUGCAAAACGCUCCGGCCGACACAGAACCACCGCACUGCAAAUAAAGAAAAGUAGUGUUUUUAAUCAGUACGGCGUCCGGACUAUACGAGGAGCGUUUCUAUAUACACAUCUGUUGCAGACCGACUAUGUGACGUGUUCACACACUGGAAAGCCCAUCUCAGACUCAAGUACUACUUUUUGGAUUUUGUAAAACUUGUAUUAUUCACUGUAAAGACUGAUGCAUCAUUUAAAUAAUCUGCACAAAAAAAUAUUCUAAGUAUGUUGCCGUGGAUAUUUGCUGACUGCACUCUAUGUCUGUUGUUUUACACUGACUUACUUUAUCUUUUUGAGCUACUGAUUAUAUUUAAAAAAAGAAAAAGAAAAAAAAGUCUCUCUCCCCCCCCGCCCCCCUGGAGUUUGCUAGGACUUUGAUAGGUGUUUACGUACGUGAUGUUUAACUGGAUUUAAAAAAUAAUAAUAAUAUUAAUAAUGACAGCAAAUGAAAUCAAGGACCAAGUGGUUGACACGGCCUUCGUUCUGAGGUGUCCAGUCUGGAGCCUGCUGGCAGAUUAGUUAUUCUUUUAAAAAUGGAUCUCUCCAAACUCUGGAACGCGAUCCCCCGGCCCAGGUGACUCUCCGAGGAUAGCUCAGUCUUUACGUAUUAUUUGUUAGGGAGGAAAUAUAAAUAUAUAUAUAUAGACAUUAUAUUGUAACUGUAAAAAAAAAAAAAAAAAAGAUACAGUCUUAAAGAAACUAUGCCAACAAAUGCCUUGUACUAUACGGCACUGCCGAUGUUAGAUUAUUUUGCAAAACCUUUGUCACUGUAACUCUCUGAAUUGCCACACAGUUAGAAACGUUUAUGUUGUCCGACAUUAUUUAUUUGCAGUUCAUGCAGUGUUUCUGAUGUAAUUACUUUUUUUUUUUUUAAAGUUUAUGUUACGUAGAGCUUAAUUCUUUUUUUUUUUCGUUAACUCCACAGACCUUUUUUUUUUUUCUAUUUAUAAAUGUGAUUUCGAUGGGCAGUAAAAACAAAAAGUGUCUUAAACGUUUUAAAUGGAGAAAUGUGCUUUAAAGGUUGCCUAUAAAAAAAGUGCUGUAUGUUGAGCAACUCAUUGCUACAAGCUUCACAAUUUAAUGUUGUAUGCAAUUUUUACUAUCAUGCAAAUAAGCUUAGGUAAAAUGACUAACCUAUAGAACACCUUAGAGAGAAAAACAUAUGCAAUCUGUGUGAAAAUCGAUGUCUGCGAUGUGUCUUCCUUUGGUUAACAAUCCAAUUCAAAAAGCUAUUCCUGUAUAAAUAUUCUGUAUAAAAGUGUUUCUUUUUUAUCAGUUUAUUUCAAGGAGAACACCAGUUAUUUUGUUACGACUGUUUUAUAAGUGUUUCUCGGUUCCUUUCUGCAGAAAUGUUCUAACUAGAAGUGGUUAUUGAUUGUUAAUUACACAAUUAAACUGUUUGUAUUGUACCACAGAUUUCUUGGCAUUAACUUGACCAGACUCUUUUUGGCACCAGAGUGGGAAUUCUUUUUUCUUCUUUUUUUUCUUCUCCUCUGCGGACAAAAGAUGAAACAAAGUGAAUUGUUUUUAAAUCCACUGCUAAGAGAUAUCAACUCCAGUCGCUGACUGACUCCCUCAGCCGCAGUCACUGAACACGUUCUUUGUAAUAACUGUAAAUAUCACAUCUUAUGAAUCAUUGAUUGUUUAUUAUUGUAAAUAUAUUUGAAAGUCUGUGCAAGAGAGCUCGCCGUACAAAUCAACGCUCUGCCGUGCCUCUUCCUGUCAGAGCGACUGUACCUGGGCUCCUCUACUGCUGAGUGUAUCUGAGGCACCUGUGAAAGUCUUGAAAUAAAGAAAUGUGAGGUGUGAA